CUGAAGUCGGGGUCAGGGUUCUGAGUCAUGAAUCAAAAUUAAAGGAAAUAGCUCACUUUUAACAUGGGGCUUUGAACUGGAAUAACAGUUUCGUAGCUUGGGCUGAGGCUAGCACAAAUCAGGAGCUUUUACAGCCUAACGAUUACCCUAGAUGAAGAUAUUCCAUUUCCCGUUCCGUAAAUGGUGCCUUGCAGAUGAAUGUGUGCCUUGCUGAGGAAUGCAGCUACAUUAUCGUCAGCCAAUCAGCAUGCUGCCUACAGCCAACGCAGUGUGCCCCUUUUGGAGGAGCCAUUUAGAGUGGGUCACUUCCUGCCCCAGGACCUCAAGAUGCCUCUCUGUGGACCCAAGUGCUCCCUCUGUGGACUGAUUGUUAGCGUUUGGGGCAUCAUCCAGCUGUCCAUUAUGGGCGGCCUGUUCAUGUGGAACAGCAUUGGUCUGAUCGAGGACCUGGGACUCGAGGAGCACUACGACACCACCGAGGAACUGUACAAGGCUGCCGACGACGCCUACAGCAGUAUUGCGUACAAUUGUUGGAUAGCGGCGGCCAUCUACCUGGUGACGCUGGUCAUAUCGAUGCAGCAGUUCCACGUGAACAAACAGGCGGGCCACUUCCAGCUGUGAGGGUAGCCCGGCCGACUUCCCACUGUCUGUCUGUCUCCCGGCGCGCACCUCCCGGUCGGCCCGACCACCCGGGUCCGGCCACUUCCAUCCACCCAGCCAGCUGAGGGAGGACGCGCCCGCCGAGCUGUGGCCGGAUCCACUCCCUGUAGUUAUGGGCCCGGCCACUGUGAACGCAUCCUGUAACAUUAUCUGUAUAUAAUCAUGUUUAGAUGGAUUUACCGUGUGUGCGAGAAAUUGUCCUAGAAGAUAUGUUAGGGAGCUUGCAAUAUUAUCACGUGCUUGAUUGUCCGAUUAUGUGUCACGUCCCGUAUGUUUCGUGGAAGGUUUGCGGUCAGUGAGCGCCCUUUGUGAUUCUGUACUCUGUAGCGUCAUCGGUGGUCAACCGAACACCAUAUUGACGGUGAAGGAAAUCUGAGGAUACUACAUUCCAGGAGUUUUAGAGCUAGCGAUGUCAUACGAGUCUGAUGGAUGCAUAUUGCUUGACUGGGCGCCGCCUGUUUUAGUCAGCGAAUGGCGGUGAAACCUUGAGCCCCGAGGAAUAAACGCAACUGUCUGAACA